AGCAACACGAAGAAGGAGGAGGAGAGACAUAUAAGGGAGGAAAAGAAAGGAGAUGCAGAAAAAGAAGAAACCAAAUGAGCGGGUUAUUGGCUAUGGCCGUUUGGUGGCGAUCGGUGAAGAUGAUGAGAUUCGAGAGAUGAUCGACAAAGAUGGUGAUGAGAUCGAAGUCGGGGGACUGGAAAAUCAUCCUAAAAAAAACAGUUCUCCAAAACCCCCUUUUUGUUUUCCCUGUGGUUAUGGCCGUCUGGUGACGAUUGGUGAAGAUGAUGAGAUUCGAGAGAUGAUCAGCAAAGAUGGUGACGAGAUCAAAGUCGGGGAACUGGAGAGAGGCUGACGGUUGGAGAAAAGAAGAUCCUUAUUUUUGUGUGGCUAAGAAGAUUCUUAUUUGUUGUGUGGCUACUCCCUCUGGCUUUGUCCGAAUUUCCUCCACUGGUUUUUUAAAGUCUAUAAAUUUAAUGUGAUGUUUGUGAGUCUUUUGUUCCAUUUUGGCUUAUCUCAAGUUCAAAGUUACUUCUGAUGUUGGUCCAUGUCUUUGCCUUGUUUCAUCUUAGUCAUUUGAUCUAUGCUCCAAUCAUAUAUAUUUGCGUGAGUUAUAUUCUGUAAUUCUUUACUGAUUUGUAUGUUGUUUUCAUGUCCAAGUUCAGAUUUUUUGCUGCCUUGUUUACUGUAUUGUGCUUACAACUUCUGGUUUCAAGUGCAUAGCAUCCCAGUUUCCAAAUUAAUUCUCUUAUUGUUUUUUUAAGUCUGCUCCUGAGUCAUUAUGGUUCUAGAUUUCUAGUGGUCAUCCACCUGACAUGUCCUUUCUCAAGAUUACUAGGUUCUUUCCAGCUAUUCAAAAUGGAGGGAUUGGUUUCUGUAAGAGCUUCACCCAAAAUUUCCUUCUAUUCUCUCAAUCAGAGAACAAGUUUCUC